AUGGUUGCUAAUAUUUGGGUUGCCGCCGCAGACAAUCAGGUAGACGUCGUAAAGUCGUACCUUGACUCGGGAAAAUUUUCUGCCAACUCUAAAGAUCCCAACGGAUACACUGCCAUCCAUGCCGCAGCAUCUUACGGUCACAUCGACUUGUUGAAGCUAUUGAUUCUGAGCGGUGGAGACAUCAACAUCCAGGAUAACGAAGGUGACACGCCAUUGCAUCACGUCGAAGACUUGGCCACCGCCACGGUGAUGGUGGAGGAGCUUGGAGCUGACUACAAGAAGAAAAAUACUGAGGGACAAACACCUGCUGAGUACAUCGAGGAAGAUGGAGACUUUCCCGAACUAGCGCAGUAUUUGCGUUCGUUGAUGCAUGACCAGCCCCAAUCAUCUGUUCUUGGAGACUUGCCAUCACCAGGUAACGUAGAAGGUCACCAGAUCAGAUACAUAAUGGAGGAAGACCAGGAAGAAAUGAGUGAAGAGAGAAGAAAGCAGCUUGAAGAGAUUGCCAAUAGUGAUAAUCCAGAAGAGGCACUUCGGAGAUUGGUGACGUCUGCAGUGAGAGAAGGAUUGGCCAAUUACAAGGCGGCCAGUGACGAGCCUGAAGCUAAGAGGGCAAGAGAGUAA